AUGUCUUCUUGUUUUUUUUCCUCGCCAGCAGCACCAUUACUAACAUCAUCAUCGUCCUACUCACAACCAGAGCCAGAACCAUCAGUUUCGUCAUCUUUUUAUUCACCACCAGAACAGUCAACAUCAACAUCAUCUUGUUUUUUCCCCCCGCCAGCACCACCAAUGCAAACCACUUAUAAUUAUGAAUGGUCGGCAGAAGUCGAAAAUGUUUUGCAUAAUAUAUUUGGAUUAGAAAGUUUUAGAAGGAACCAGUUGGAAGCCAUUAACGAAACGCUCAAUGGAAAAGAUGUUUUUGUGCUGAUGCCAACUGGCGGAGGGAAGAGUUUAUGUUACCAGUUGCCCGCAAUGGUGGAAACUGGAAAAACAAAAGGGAUAACAAUUGUAAUUUCACCAUUGCUUUCACUAAUUAUAGAUCAAGUUUAUAAUCUGAACAGGCGUGGUAUAUCAACCUUAUGUUUGUAUGGUGAACAAGAAGCUAAUCAAAGACAAAAUGUAUUUACUGAACUUGAAAAAUAUAAACCAAAUUAUAAAGAGUUGUGCAAUCUAAAAAAAAUAUAUAACGAUAUACCUAUUAUCGCUUUAACUGCAACUGCAACUCUUAAAGUCAAACUUGAUGUCAUGAAACUUUUAGAAAUUCAACAUUGUAAAGUUUUACAACAAGGAUUUAACCGAAAGAAUCUUUAUUAUAAAGUUUGUCCCAAAGAUAGUAGUAAUAAGGCGUUGGAAAAUCUUGUAAAACUCGUUCAAAGUCAUGGAGGUGGAUCGGGUAUUAUUUAUUGCACAGUUAAACUCAAAUGUGAAAACGUUGCAAAAUACCUGCAACAAUCAAGAAUCUCUGCCAAGUAUUACCAUUCAGGGUUAGACAAGGCAGAUAGAAUAAAUGUGCAAAAUGAAUGGCAAUCUGGCAAGCUGCAGGUUGUCGUUGCGACCACUGCCUUCGGAAUGGGAAUCGACAAACCCAAUGUAAGGUUUGUGAUUCAUUACUUGCUACCACAAUCUCUAGAAGGGUAUUACCAAGAGACUGGCAGAGCUGGCAGAGAUGGUAAACCUGCUCAAUGUGUUCUAUUUUAUACAUUUAAAGAAUACAUAUUGAUAAAAAAGAUGAUAAACGGCGGAGAUGGAACUGAAAUGCAAAAACAACAACAGCUCUUAAAUUUAUUUUCAAUGAUGAAGUAUUGUGAAAAUAAUAUCGAUUGUAGAAGGCAGCAAUUGUUAGGUUAUUUUGCAGAAAACUUCAAUCCAGCAGAAUGCCAACAAACGUGCGAUAAUUGUCGAGAGCUUAUAAAUCAUCAAGUUGUGGAAACAGAUUAUUCAUAUGUAGCAAAAAAGAUUAUCGAGUUAGUUUCAGCACAUCAAAUCAAGAAUUUAACAUUAGUACAGUUUGAAAAAAUAUUUUUGGGAGAUAAUACUAAACCAACUAAAGAAUUGAUGAUAAAAAAAAAUAUCAAAGUCACCAAUAAUAUGAUCGAACCCAAACUUUCUAAAAUUGUUUGUGAAAGAUUAUUCCAAAAACUAAUCAUAGAUCAAAUAUUAGAAGAAGUGAUAGUUCAGAGAAAUAAUGCCUAUUCAAUUACGUAUUUAAAGGUAAAUUCACGUUAUUCGCACGCAAAUAAUAGGAUAAUCUUAAAAGAACUUGUAUAA